AGCCAUUUUUGCUACAGGGAGUCUACCCGCCCAUUUACUGCCUUCUUGUCGUCCCCUUUGACUAGUCUUAGUCCUCGUCGUUCUCAUCUCUCUCACGUUUUUAGAAGCUAGUGAGAUUCUGCUUAGGACAUGCAAUUUAAGGACCUCUUCAUAAAAGCCUGGCAGAGGACCUGGGACGGAUUUUGUACCCUGUUCAUGUAGGAAAUCUCAUCCUGGACACCAGUAUUAAAAAAGUACUUAAGGUUCCCCAGAAUACCCGUGCAACUUAUUUCGAGAUCCUUGGAACGGGUUUGAGACUGUCAUAGCGUUGUAUGCUAGCGUGGUUUCCCAAUUGCUAUUAUAGGUUGGUAUUCUUCUCCUGUAGAAGGAGAAGGCUGUAGAAGGCCCAUAACUGCACAGCUUUGCUGCGAAAGAGAAGUUAUCUUUUUUUUUUUAUUUGAAGCAAAGAAAGCAGAGAUCUUUUAGCGAGGCUGUUGGCACAAACUUGGUCAAAUUGACUUGUGGAGGAAAAACACCCAGGCCAGAAGGUGCUGAAAGUGUUGUGUCUUGGUGUCUGGGCUGAUACGUUCUGGAUCAGAUUUACGCACGAUCCUGGCGGGAAAACCAGACCUUAUGGACCGGUUGGCACUCUUAUUAGACAGAAAAAUGCGAUUGAUACCGAACUGGACACAGUUAGCUCGAGAACUGCGAGUUGAUGAAGCUGUAAUUAGCCGAAUGGAACAGUACAAUGACUACAGCCCUACCAUCCAAUUGUUCGAUUACCUGGAGGCCAAGCAACCAAACUUAAGCAUUCAACAACUUCGACAAGAAUUGACUCAGAUCAAUAGGAAUGAUCUGAAUGUACUGAUCACAAAUGCUGGCUUUAAGGACGAUGAAAAGGUUCGAGAGGUAAUAACAUCGAGAGAUCCAAAAACUCCGACUUCCCCUCAGAAAGAAAUUCUCGACCAAAUUGCUUUAGCAUUGGAUGGGACAUCACUGGUUCUCGGAAACUGGUACAACCUGGCGAUAAAAUUUGGCGUGUCAAGGAAAGAAUGUUGGAAGAUAGGGGCAGCUUCAACGGAAAGCCCGACUAACUUAUUGUUUCAGUAUCUGGAAGCUACUCGCCCACAAAUGAAGUUGAAGAAAGUUGUGGAUGCCCUUUGUUUGAUGACCAGGCAAGACUUACUAGACUUCAUAGCGAAGCAGAACUUUGAAGAUGAAGUGCUACUCAAAGAUAUCAUGAUACCAGGAUCGGAGUUCCUGCAAACGAUGGCGGAUAAACUCAACCGUGUAGUACCUGCCGUAGAGAAUUGGAAACACUUAGCUUUCAAGUUGGAAAUUCCAAACGAAGAGAUCCGAAAGUUUGGGAGCAUGACGACUGAGCCAGAGAGAACUAGUCCAACUAUUGAAGUAAUGAAAUGGGUGGCCGCUAAGUUCCCUGAUACUCGUUUAACUGAUGUUGUAAGAGCACUGGACCGGAUACAACGAAAUGAUGCAAUUAAAAUCAUAACAGAGGAAUUUAUAGAUUCAGUGGAUCAAUCCUUGCAACGAUAUGAUUCUUCGCUGCAUGAUAGCCUCAACAAAGCAAUGCCGAUUAACGAUCCAACAGGCAGGACACUGUCUGUUUCACUUUCCAGUAAAGUUACAGAAGACAUGAAACGAACUGGUCACUGCGGGCGCUUGCCAGAACGAACAGACUUAGUGGGGCGUAAUGAGAUUUGCGAAAAUAUUGCAACUCUGCUGACUUCAAACAAAUCGGUCGAAAUUGUAGCACCGCCCGGAUAUGGAAAAACAUCGGCGGUAAUCGAGCUCGCUCACAGGAUGAUCGAAAGAGGAAAGUUUAUCGCAUAUGUCAAACCGCGUGGUGUUAGCUGUGUAGAAGACCUGGCAAGCAAAAUCAUUGAGGCUUUAGGCUUCGCUCAUGGUGAAGAUACAGUAACUGAAGUAUUUCGUCGUAUCUGUUCCUUAAAGGGGAUGAGUGUGAUUUUGAUCAUUGAAAACAUCGACGACUUAAUGCAUCUUGAGGAUCAGAUUAGUGACGAUGAAGAACUGAAAUCCAAGACGUACUGUGCAAAAAUGCGUGGAAAAUAUUUGAAGGAUGAUUUUUUUACCUUUUUUAAAGACAUAGGACAAAUUUCAAACGUGCACCUGGUCCUCACUUCUCGAGAAACUUACAAUUUUUCUGUGUCUUUCCCAAUCGAAGUUAUUGAUUUAGAGCCGCUAAAUGACAAGGACUCGGCUGCUCUGUUUACAAAGAGUGACGGUAAUCUUGACAAUAGCUUGAUCAAAGAACUGGUCAGAGUUUGUGGCGGUAUUCCUCUGAUAAUUUGCACUGUGCUCUUGAUUCUUAAACGGGAAAAUCCCAAAGAGUUUACUGAGAGACUCUCUUCAAGUUCACCUAGUGAUCUCGUUAAAGAACUGAACCCAGAAUUUAUGGCAAAUGAAGACCGCAUUGAUAAGUGUCUGGAAAUCUGCUUUAAACGGUUAAGUCAAGAAAACCAAAGGAUUCUUGUUAUGUUCUCCACAUUUCCGUACAGAUUCACCCAGAAACAGUUCCGAACAGUCUUUGAGUCUUUAAUCGGAAGCGAUUUGCAGAAGCAUCUAAAUUGCCUGAAGCAAAGCAGUCUCCUUCGCUUCGACAGAGAGAGUUGUCACUACUUCCUUCAUCCUUUCAUAAGGGACUACUUUUCUUUGAAGCCUGAACAUAAUGAAAUGAAAUCAGUCUUCAUUCAUCACUACAGUGAUUUGGCUGUCACCCUUUACAAAACAUUUUUGAGUAACAAUUCUAAGUCUGCCAUUGAAGAUUACAGAGCUGAGAAGGACAACAUCCGAGAGGCCAUAGCGUGGUGUGGAGAUGACCAUCAUGAGCUAGAGCAAACCUUAAGAGAGAAGUGCAUCAAUGCCUUUAAUAAGGCUGCCGUGUUUCUUGCAAAGAUGAUGAGGAAGCAGGAAUUUGAGUCGCUCUUUUGCAACCUUGCGCGUCGUUGCCGCUAUGACAUGCCUCUUUAUAGUGCUUGCCUAACGCAUAUCGGAAUGAAAAUAGUUUUAGGCUGUACAUGUUCACCCUUCAUUUGUUCAAGAGCGUUGUAUCGUGCUAAGAGUUUUCUGUCAAAUGCGAAUGACAUCCAGUCAAAACAUAAUGACUCGAAUGAAGGCAACCGGGCUCAGUGCUUGAGUAAGCUUGGGUUCUGUUGCGUUCGCGAGGGACGUGUUGAAGAAGGCUAUGAGCUCCUGGAAAAAGCCUUAAAAUUACGACGGGAUAGAGCAGAGAAAUCAAACAAAAGCAGAGACAAAGUCAAGCUGGCAGCCUGUUUCAACGAUUUAGCAGCUUCUCAAAUGGUUCAAAGGAAACAUUUGCUUUCAAUUCAAACAAGACUCGCUUCUGUGCUUCCUGUUUAUGAAGAGAACCUCGGAGAUCACCCUGCUACGGCAACAACACUUAACUGGAUUGGUAAGAGUUACUACGCUUUGGGUGAUUACGACAACGCAAUCAAAUACAGCAGGAGAUCAAACAACCUUCGACAGAAACUGUUAGGACCACACCAAGAAACUGCAAGGUCUCUUUAUGAUCUGGGGGAGGCGUUUAGCGCGAAGGGAGAGUAUGAAACUGCCCUCAAUUACCUGAAAGAGGCAGUUAAAUUGCAAGAGGAAGUGUUAGACACACACGACGAGCUGAUUCACACUCAUCAAACCAUGUCAAUUGUUUUGUGUCAUCUUGGUAAAAAAAAGGAAGCCGAAGAAGAAAUGAAAAAGGCAGAGGAGUGUGCGAAAAAUUUGGAUUCUUGGAAAGCCCCUUUAGAAAGACUUGAGAGCCGCGAAGAGAAAGGGUGGAUGGCCGUUUCAAGCAUUCCCGAAGCAGAGCCAAGAAUUUCAAAAUUCUGAUUAAUUACCUUCUGCCCAUAGCGCACUGUAUCAGUUAUCAUAUUUUCAGUCGGUCGCUUUUUAUCGAGCCGAAAUGACUUCUUCGUUAUACGAGGCAAAAUUUCAACAUAACUUUUGUAACUGUGUUCGCGAGACAAACCAAGCUAGACAUGACAUACAUGUGUAUGCACAAAAAAAUCAAUUAAAAAAUCUGUGAUAAAGAUGAA